CCCACUGGUCCCUGAGCUCGCAGACAAACUCCACAUCCACGGAGCCCAGCGGAACCGGAGCGGCGGGGAUGACAAACCUCCCGAACCGGAGUGGAGUUGAGCGUGUGUGACAGGCAGGCAGGUGUUGCUGGUUCUACAGCCCACCUGGGCUAGCCCGCUAGCCGCUAGCGCUAACCGAGCCGAGCCGAGCCGAGCCUGCUGCUGCUGCUGCUCGGCGGGAUCUUCACCAGUCCAGCUCAUGCUGCCGAGAGGUUCGGGACGCCUUCAGUGUCACGUGGCGUAAAUGCCUAAAAAGAAGAGAGAGCAGAUCAGUAGAUAGUUGGACCCAGUGACUAGUGGACCCGCCCGGACCGGAGUGUGAGCAACAUGAAGAAGUUCUCCCGGAUGCCCAGGUCCGACAGCGGCGGGCUCGGAGGGGCGUCCGGCUGCAGCUUCCUCGGGAGGGUGUUCGCGGUGGGCCGGUACCAGGUGACGGUGGAGGAGCUGAUCGCUGAGGGAGGCUUCUCGGUGGUGUUCCUGGCUCGUACACACAGCGGCGUCCGCUGCGCUCUCAAAAGGAUGUACGUCAACAAUGUGGCGGACCUGAAUGUGUGCAAGAGAGAAAUCACCAUCAUGAAAGAGCUUUCGGGCCACAAGAACAUUGUCAGCUACCUGGACUCCACGAUCAGUUCGGUUUCAGACAGCGUUUGGGAGGUCCUCAUCCUCAUGGAGUACUGUAAAGCGGGGCAGGUGGUGAAGCAGAUGAACCAGCGGUUAACUGUGGGCUUCAGUGAGGCUGAGGUCCUCCACAUCUUCUGCGACGCCUGUGAAGCUGUGGCUCGCCUGCACCAAUGCAAGACGCCCAUCAUCCACAGAGACCUUAAGGUUGAGAAUAUCCUGCUGAACGACCAGGGCAACUAUGUGCUGUGUGACUUCGGCAGUGCCACUCACAAGAUUUUGUUGCCACAUAAAGAUGGAGUGACUGCUGUGGAGGAUGAAAUCAAGAAGUACACAACUCUUUCAUAUCGGGCACCGGAGAUGAUUAACUUGUACGCUGGAAAAGGCAUCACCACUAAGGCCGAUAUAUGGGCACUUGGAUGCUUGUUGUACAAGCUGUGUUUCUUCGCACUUCCAUUUGGGGAGAGUCAAGUUGCCAUUUGUGAUGGAUCCUUUAUUGUUCCGGAUAACUCCAAAUUCUCCUUCAAGUUGCACUGCUUAAUCAGAUACAUGCUCGAGCCGGACCAGGAGAAGAGACCGGACAUUUACCAAGUGUCUCACUUUGCCUUCAAAUUAGCUGGAAGAGAAAGUCCGCUGCCAAACCUGUUUAACUCUCCAAUCCCUACAUCACUUCCUGAGCCUCUAACGGCUAGUGAGGUUGCUGCCAAAAAAAAUAUGACCAAGGCCAGGAUAACGGACUCCGUGGGCCCAACUGAGACGUCGAUAGCUCCCAGACAGAGGCCGAAGGCUGCCAACAGCAACGUCCUUCCUCUCGCCAACACCGUCACCCCGGUCAAGAUGAGCGUGCCUUCAGCGCCUGUCGGCAACGGCCAGAAAGCUACUCCUCCGAGCGCCGGUCAGCCAUCCAUACAGGCUCAGCCCAGCAGUCAUCAGAACCGAGUCCUGCAGCAGCUGCAGCCUGGCGACCUGCGUCUGCAGCAGCUGCAGCAACCGCAGCAGCUACAGCAACCGCAACCACAGCAGCUGCAGCAGCAGCAGCUGCAGCAGCAAGCCCUCCAGCUGCAGCACGCAAGUGCACAGCAGCUCCAGUACCUUCAGUACCAACAGGCAGUGCAGCAGUCCCUCCAACUCCAGCAGCAGCAGCAGGCCUUGGUCCAGCAGCAGCAGCAGCAGCAGCAGCAGCAGAUGAUGAUGCAGCCCAUGUAUCAGCAGCAGGUGGCCCAGGCCCAGGCACACGCCUACGCUGCCAUGCUGCACCAGUACCAACAGAGCUUUGUGCAGCAGCAGCAGCAGCAGCAGCAGCAGCAGCAGCAGCAGCAUCUACCCUAUAUGUCUUCCCCUCUGGAGUUCCAGAUUCCACUGGGCUCUUAUAACGCCACCACACCCACAGCUGGACCGGGAAGUGGAGCAGGAGCCGGUCCCAUGGCAGCACCAUCACCUCUGGAUCCUUCAUAUACUAACCCCAGCAGCAGAAACCCUCUGCUCGGCACCAAUGGGAUCACGCCGCCGCCUCAGAGCUGCAGCAUCAUCAGUAACCCUCCUGACAUGUCCGGCUGGAACCCGUUUGGAGAGGACAACUUCUCCAAACUAACGGAGGAGGAGCUCAUCGACCGGGAGUUCGACAUGCUCAGAGCAAAAAAGCCGGUGGAGAGAACGGCGAGCGUGGAAACGGACCGACCGCCGCCCGCCGCGGCCAAGCCCCUCCCCCCCGAGGAUCUGUUCGGCUCGGUCCCGUUCCUGGCCAACGCAGGUGCCGGUGCGACGACGGAGGAGGGCGGCGCCCCGGACCCGGAGCCCGUCUCGGCCCCACCGGUCAGGGAGCACAAGCCCAGCAAGAGGAGCGGCUGCAGGCCCGGCGACGACUCCGACAGCGACUUCGAGUCGGACCCGCCGUCUCCGAAGAGCAGCGAGGACGAGGAGCACGAGGAGGACGAGGUGCUGAACAGCGAGCACGGCGAGGACACUGAGCCGGAGAACCUGGGCCAGAGGCCCCUGCUCAUGGACUCGGAGGAUGAGGACGACGACGACUCGGACUGCGAACCCGCCGGGGUCAAAGGUCGCGUGAGGAAACCUGCAGGCGGUGAAGCGGCGGCAGGUUCUGGCCCGGCUCCCAUCACCUCCCCCGUGUUGCCCGGUGGGGCGAGAGCCGUGGACGUGUUCGGCGCCGUGCCCUUCGGCGGGGCGGCGGCGCCCCGGAGCGCCGACGUCUUCGGCGAAGCGCCGUUCAGGCAGGGCGGCGCCGACGACUUCGACGUCUUCACCAAGGCGCCGUUCAGCCGGAACCCGUCGCGGUCGGGGAGGAGCGGCGGCGACGCCCCCACGGGCCAGACCCCGCCCCUCUCCCCAGAGGCCGUCGACCCCUUCGGCUUCUCCCCCUUCCAGCCGGACCCGCCCCCCGUGACCUCGCGCAGCGCCGACGACCUCUUCCAGGUGGCGGCGGCGAGCCCCCGGCAGCAGCGGCUGAAGCAGCGCAGCCUCACGAAGCUGUCGUCCCGCCACAGGAAGACCAAGCAGGACGCGGCGGCGGGCGGGGGCAGCAACGGCAAGCGGCACCACGGGACCCCGACGGGGGGGCGCAAGGCCGGCAAGCCGCCCUACCGCACCCCGGAGAAGGUCCGGCGGCACAAGCGGGUGGGGCGGCGGGACUCGCAGAGCAGCAACGAGCUGCUCAGCACCUCCGACUCCAAGGAGAACAUCGGGGUGGACCCGCCCCCAGGUCCGGGGGGGGACGACCCCCUGGACCCGUUCGGGGCCAAGCCCUUCCCCCCGCAGGACGGCCCCCGCCACGCCGCCUACACGGACGGAGACUUCAUGGAUGAUUUUGGGGCGGUGCCUUUCACAGAGCUGGUGGUCCACGGUGGCCCCCAGAACCAGAACCAGAACCAGAACCAGCACCAGCAGCAAACGCCCUCGCAGACCCUGGACCUGGACCCCUUCGGCGCCGCCCCCUUUCCCUCCAAGCAGUGACUCCUCCCACGCCGCCGCCGGCUGCAGGAAGAGACAAACUAACAAUCUAACUCCAACUUUUGGGGGUUUUUUUCCAAGAAAACUUUUAUUAGUUUCAGUAAGAAAGACGUGUAAAUCCUGUGGAGUGAGCGGCGCUUCCACAAGACGCCGUUUACGCUGCAUCUGGUGCUUUUAGGGAACUUUGACCCUAAAGAACCAGAAGACCGACUCAGCAGCUGCACUGUGAUUGUAAAAGCGUGAUACUGGACCGCUUGAUCUGUCUGCCUUCCGACACGUCUGUAGCACCACGAGGCCUUACCUGAGCUGGGCCUUACCUGAGCUGGGCCUUACCUGAGCUGGGCCCCGCCUUCACCAGGCCCCGCCUCCCCGGGCCGGGCCCCGCCCCCCUUGCAGUACCUCGGGGCGACGCGCCGCUGCUCUCCUGCGUCGUUCCCAAUCACGUGGGAGAUUUUAACCACUUAAGUUUUAUCUUUACUAGACGUUCCUCUAUGCAUACUCGGGCUGUGCUGCCUUUCACCUGGAAAACCAGAAGGGAUUGAAUUUGAUCGUACUUUCUUUAAAAGGUUUGGGGUUUGAAUUAAGGCUCCUAACCAAUCUUUUAUUUUUGUUUGUUUGUUUACUAGCAGUAAACUUAUUUUCUUUUUUUAUGAACUUGAGAAUCAACUCUGUUAGAAAUAAGAAAUAAAGGUCAACGCUGCAUUGAAUCUCUCCUCCAGAAUUUGUGAAACUUACUUUUCUAGAGAUCCGAUGAGGAAUCCGCCUGCUUUGGUCCAGCUGAUGCUUCACAGCCUCGUGGUAACGUUUGCUUUAACCGUCUACACCGCCGCAAAGUUGGUUUUCUUACACGAAGGUUUUAUUUAUCAAAGAUGGGAACAACAUCAACAUUCCCUGGUGAAAUAAUUACCUAAUUUUGCUCAUUUAGGGGAGAAAAGCUGAAGUUAUUUGUGGUUUGAAGGGUUAUAGUCUUGUUUCUGAAGCUGCUGGAUAAUGAAGUUUUUUAAAGUGUAUUAUUUUUAGGGGCCAUCUUUUACAAAGAGCUUUGAUUAUUUAAAAGAAUCAGUUCGUGAGCUGGGUCUUCUUGUAGGACUUGUUCAUUUCUGUUCCAUAUAAAUUUGUCCCCAUGAUGAAGGAAAUGAUUGUGGAUUGUUUAAAGCCGCUCCGUGGAGCAGUGCCACUUCUGACCACCAGGGGGCGACUCCUUUGACUGGAUUGUCAGAACCAAUGAUGCCUGUGUGGUCAGAUGUGGUAUUCUCCGUAUUACGAUGUUCGAUGCAAUA